ACAGCUUAUAACAACAAUUUAUUUCUCUUAUUAUUAUUAUUAUUAUUAUUAUUAUUUCAUGGAGGGUCGUUCACUCCUAAUACACGGUAUUUAUGGAUGCACCGAGUGCAGGCACAUUUUUCAUCUCUGAUGUACUAUCACAUAGCCAGCGACCCACCCCUAUCUUCUUGUUCUUCACCUCCCUCCCCAAUCAGUGAGUGUACUUCCUGCUUCCCUUCUCCUCCUCCUCCUCUAAUUUUCCAUUUUCUUUGUUUUUUUUUCACUCACUGUUUUUCCCCAAAAUAAUCAAAAUCCAAAACCUCAAUACUUCCCUUGUGCCAAAUAAUGCUCCAAAGCCUUCUCCCUCGAUCUCCCAUCACUAAUGCUGCCAGCUCCGACGCGCCGCCGAUGAGUCGACCGAAGCGCUCCGCCGACGCCCGCGACCUCACACCCUCCUCCUCCUCCCCAGCAGCCGCCGCCGCCGCCUGCGACGAUGACGACGAUCGCCUACGGAAGAGAAAACAACUACAAUUAUAUCCGCAACCGGAACCGCAGCCGCCGCAGCAGCAGCAGCAGCAGCAUGUUGUCGACGUGAUUCAAGAACGUAAGAAUGAUAACACCUAUUUUUCCGCCGGUAGUAGCAGUAGUAGUAGUGCAGUGGAGUCGCGGGUGCUCCGCCUGCUGGGGCUGCUGCUCCACUGCGCCGAAGCCGUGGCUGCCGACCGGCUAUCGGAGGCACGCGACAUCCUCCCGGAGAUCAACGAGCUCGCGUCCCCCUUCGGUUCCUCUCCGGAGCGCGUCGCCGCGUACUUCGCCGACGCGCUCGGCGCCCGCAUCCUCAGCUCCUACCUCGGCGUCUACUCCCCGCUAAUCCACCACCACAAACCCCUCGUCACUUCCCACCACAACCGCAUCUUCAACGCGUUCCAGGUGUAUAAUUCGAUCUCCCCGCUGGUCAAAUUCUCGCACUUCACCUCCAACCAGGCGAUCUUCCAGGCGCUGGACGGCGAGGAGCGGGUGCACAUAAUCGACCUCGACAUCAUGCAGGGCCUGCAGUGGCCCGGGCUCUUCCAGAUCCUGGCGUCGCGGCCUCUGAAGCUCCGGUCGCUCCGCAUCACCGGGCUCGGGUCCUCCCUCGAGCUGCUCGAGGCGACCGGCCGCCGGCUCUCCGACUUCGCCGCGGCGCUGGGGCUGCCGUUCGAGUUCCAGCCGGUCGAGGGGAAGAUCGGGGACCAGAGCAAGGCGGGCGGCGGCGGCGGCGCGUUCGCGCCGCGGGACGGGCGGGAGGUGGCCGUCGUGCACUGGAUGCACCACUGCCUGUACGACGUGACGGGGUCGGACGAGGCGGCGGUGUCGGUGAUCAAGAACGUGAUCCGGCCGCGGCUGGUGACGGUGGUGGAGCAGGACCUGGGGCGGCACGGGGGGGACUUCCUGGGCAGGUUCGUGGAGGCGCUGCAUUACUACUCGGCGGUGUUCGACGCGCUCGGGGAGGGGGCGGCGGCGGAGGGGAGUCGGGAGGAGGAGGAGGCCGAGCGGCACGACGUGGAGCGGCAGCUGCUGGGGGCGGAGAUCCGGAACAUCGUGGCGGUCGGGGGGCCGAAGCGGACGGGGGAGGUGGCGGUCGGGCGGUGGGGGGAGGAGAUGCGGAGGGCGGGUUUCGAGCAGGUGUCGCUGGCGGGAGGGCCCGCGGCCGCGCAGGCCAACCUCUUGCUCGGAAUGCGGCUGCCGUGGAAGGGGUACACUCUGGUGGAGGAGGCCGGCUGCCUCAAGCUCGGCUGGAAGGACCUCUCCUUGCUGACGGCAUCAGCUUGGAAGACUGGAAACAGCCACGGCCCCGCAGAAGGCGGAGAAGACCGAGACCACGUUCAACCGCCGCCGCAGCAGCAGCAGCAUCAUCAUCACUCAUCUCUCUUGACAUAAUCACUUUGUUUUUAUUCUUGCCCUCUGUUUUUUUUUUUUUUUUUUUUAAAUAUCUGUACCCAACCGAAGAGUUAGUACGAGAAUUGCAUCUUCAAACCGUUAGAAUUUCGUCCAAGAAUUAGUAUAAUAACACGAUCUGCUACGUUAUUCGGAAGGAAUAUUAUAGCUGA